CCGCCGUCGGGCCGCCGCUGGGCACCGCGGCGGGGCCGCCGCGGAGCGCCGCGGCGGCGCCCGGCCUUCCCUGGCGAGGCCCCGAGGUGCCGGCGGACUCCCUAGCCGCCCUGCGCCAGGGCGAGCGAGGGCCGCCGGAUGCGGGCGGGCCCGUGGGGGCGGGUGCCACCGUGGCCGAGGAGGCGCCCGAGCUCAACGAGGGCUUCUGGGGCCAGUUCGCGGACAUACCGUCCAUGGCAGAGGCCACCGACAAGCGCGACAUCCUCAUGAUCGUGGACAAUUUUGUCCUCAUCCACCGCAAGCACAUCUAUCUGUUCCAGAGGCUGAGCAACACGGUCCUGGGGACGAUGGCGGCGUGGGAUGCGCCAGACCUGGCCGCGCUGUGCAGAGGCUGGGCGCAGCUGGGCUUCCUGCGUGAGGACCUGUGCGUGGCGAUGGCCCCACGCGUCCUCGCGACAGCGCACAUGUGCAGCGCCCAGGAACUCUGCUUGCUGAUGGAUGCGUACGCCACCGCGAGAUGCGUGAUGCCGUCCGUCGUGGAGGAGGUCGAGAACAGAACCGUCCUUCUGUUGGACGACUUUCAGCUGCCCGAGCUGUGCCUGCACGCCUCGUCGUUCGCGAGGCUCGGCGCCAGCGGCGGUGAGCCCGUGCUCGAGGAGCUCGCCGCGCGCCUAGCGGCGGCCGCGGAGGAGGCGAGGGCGACCGCAGCCUGCUUGCCGCCGCCGGAAGAAGGCGGCUGUUCUAGCGUGGAGUCGCCGCGGGCCUGCGCCCGCGACCUGACGCUCGCGGCGUACGCGUUCGCGCGGCUUGGCGUUCAUCAGCCCGAAGCCUUCAGCGCCAUCUCGAGGUGCUUGGUCGACGUGAUCAGGGACCUCAGUGUCAAGGACCUGCAGACCGUGAUGGUGGCCUUCGCGCGCGCUGGCCACUGGGACGCAGAGCUGCUUCCGGCGCUCUCCCUGCAGGCCAGCAGGCGCAUCGCGCAAUUCAACUCGGAGUCGUUGGUCUUGGUGCUUCGGGCAGCCGCUUUUUUCCAGAUGCGUGACAGCCCCCUGUUCACGCGGGCCGUUGUCCAGCUUCCACGUGCAGUCCUCGCUUUCCGGCCUGUCGACGUCACCAUCUUGCUGAACUCGUUCGCGGCGGCACGGGUGCACAGCCUGGCGGUCUUCGACGUCGUGACGCCGUUCAUCCUGGAAAAGGCACCCAUGUUCACCGCGGCUGACUGGACGAGCGCCUUGCGUGGGUACUCUCUGCUUGGCCACAGGGACAGCAUGCUCUUGUCCGCGCUGGUCCGCCACAUGGACGCCUCCCGCCUGACAUUGCCGCAGCUGUGCGCCGCGGUGGCCGACUGCUCCAGGCUCUGCCGCGGCGCAUCGGCGGCGUUGGCCGCCGCGGCGCGGCGGCGGCUGCGGGCGCUCGGCCCCCCGUCCGCGGGCGGAGGCGGAGGCCGUGGCCGAGGAAGGGCGACAGGCGACCUGGCCGGAGAAGCCGCUGGUGAAGCGGCCGACCCCGCAGUUGUGUUCAUGGUGGCAGAGUGAAGCGGUCUCUCUGCUUGCGUCAUUUCGAGGUUCUUUGAAGACGACAGUAUUCCAGAUGUCAUAUUCGCUCGCGGCAGCGGACUUGGUCUUCCCACCCGUGCUAAGUCUGAAACAAGCUUGCUGAAUGAGACUGGCUGAUGAGCACCACCCAUCGGCGAAAUCGGCUCGAA